AUGACAUGUUAUGUGGGAGUUUAUUCUGCGGUUAAUACAAGUCUUUAUCUGACUGCUCAAUUUAGUUCUAUUAGUAACGUUGCGAUGACAACUCUAAAUCAAAAUCAAAUACAAUAUUGUAUUAUUAAACGAGACACAGUUUAUUACAACAAUGGUUCCCAAUAUGAUCAUACACUAUAUGACGUAAGUAGUAUAACAAAUACCUAUGAACAACUGACACAACGUUGUACAGGAUUUUCAUCGGCAAGCGAUGUUGGAUAUGGUACAUGUACACCGCGGUCUUAUGAAUUCUACAACAUAUCAUCACUAUGUAUCUGUGCAACUAAGAAUUGUAAUUACAAUUUCACAACAUGUCAACAGUCAGUUCAAG